AUGAUUGCGAAUUGCGCUGACUGUCAGUCGGUGCGUGCGGAACCUACGAAGAUGAACCUUCACUGCUGGGAAACUCCGAGUGAACCAUUUCAGAGGGUCCAUGUGGACUUUGCGGGUCCGUUCAUGGAAACCUACUUCUUCAUAUAUGUGGAUGCUUUCAGUAAGUGGCCGGAGAUCAAGAUAUGCCGAUCCAUUACAGCUGAAGGUACCGUUGCUAUGUGCCGGGAAUUGUUCAGUACGUUCGGCAUUCCCUCAGUUUUAGUGAGCGACCAUGGCGUCCAGUUUACUUCAGAGGUCUUCCAGCAAUUUCUUAAGAUGAAUGGGGUGGUACAAAAGAUGGGAGCACCGUAUCAUCCAGCAACAAAUGGACAAGCUGAGCGGUACGUUCAGACAUUCAAACAGAAAUUGAAGGCGUUGAAAUGUUCGAAGUCGCAGCUGAAUCUGGAACUAUCCAACAUUCUUCUUACCUACCGGAAGACGAUCCAUCCAUCUACAGGGAAGUCACCGUCAAUGCUCGUGUUUAGUCGACAGAUUAGAUCAAGGCUCGACCUAUUGCUGCCGAAGAAUGAAAUUCAAACAAAGCGGAUAUUGCUGUGCGCCAGUUCCAGGAUGGUGACCGUGUACGUGUGCGAGAUUUCCUAUCCAAAGACAAAUGGAAGUUUGGAAAGAUCGCCGAGAAGCUUGGGAAGUUGCGAUAUGCUGUGCGUCUCGACGAUGGACGCAUCUGGGAGCGUCAUAUUGACCAUAUAG